UUUAUAAUCAAUCAAUAAUUACUUAUUCAGCUCCUGCUAUAUACUAGAUACUCUGACCGGGCACUAGAGGUUCAAAAAGAAAGAAUUAAUCAAUUCCUUCCCUCAGUGAGCUCAUAUGUCAUUCUGAGAAACAAGUACAUAUAAAAGUAUACGAGAUAAAUGUAACAUAGUUGGAGAAGGGUGGGGUAUUCCUUGAGGGUAGGGACUUAUUUUUAUUUUGUAUCUAACAGUAGAAAUGGUAGGUAGUUAAUAAAUUCAUGUGCAUUAUUUUCCCUAGGUCAUAUACAUAAUAGAUCAUUGAGAUGGGGUUUGAACCUAGGUCCUCUGAUUCCAAAUAAUGUGUUCUUUCCAUUAUCCUGUACUGCUUUUCUAUCUCUAACUGAAAUAUCUUGAUUUAUAAAUUUAUCACCAAAGUCCUACUUCAUUACUGUAUUGGGGAGUGCAGGUAACUCAUAGAAUGAAAGGUCUAGAAGAACCUUCAAAGCUGGAAAGGCUUCCAAUAUGAACCCAACAGUGGUCCAUGUUUAUUUUUCAAGAACUAACCCUGUUAAGUGUGAAAGAGCUCAUCCUCAGAGGACUGACAACAGCUGUUGAUUUUUUUUUCAGUCACAACUGUUCAUGAAAGAGGUUCUACUUUGCAGCAGGGCCUAUGGGAGGUCUUAUGCCACUGAAAAUGGAGCCUUGAAAUACUGCAGUAUGAAUUUUAUAAAAAGUUCAUAGUGCUGGAAGCAUCAUGAAUAGCUUGAUUUUCUUACUAAGGCAAGCUUCACUUAGAAUUUCUGCAUCUUGGGGGCAAGGAUGGUUUGUUUUUUGUCUUUUUUGUCUGUAGAGCUUAGCACUGUACCUUGCAACCCAGAGUGCUCAAUAAAUGUUAAUGGUAUUGAAUGUGGACAUCCCUUCUUUGUUAGAUAAUCAAAAGACAAGUGGCCUGGCUUGGCUUUAUAAAUUCCUCAAAAGUUCAUAACUUGCACUUGCUGAAACACAGAUGAUAAAACCAAAAAUCUAUUAAACCAGAGCCUCCUCUACUGUAAUGAUCUCUUUUGUAGUGGGUCUGAUAUCUGACAUUCCAGAAGCAAAGAUGAUAAUAGUUGGCUUAGGGAAUACCAAUUGCCUGAAAAUUCAUGAUUAAUAUUUCACUUAGUCUAUGCCACAUAAAUUAGGGGACUCCGCUUUACAUUUGAAAUAUGCCAACUGAGAUUCAGGCAUUCAGAAGUUAUGCUGUGAUGUGCCCAUGCAUUAUUUCUGAUUAUGUUGAAACCCAACAGCAUUGAGGUCUGGAAGGUGGCCAUCCAUGAAGCUGCCGAGUGAGGUCUUUCAGCCAAACUCCCAAACACAGGAGGGUAAGUUUGGGAAGCAAAGAAACAUGCAAACUAGCUCUCAGUGCUAUUUUGACCUGAGCUGAGUUGUUCCACAUCUCAGCUGUUGACUACAGUGAAAAAGUCAACCCUAAAAUAAAUGUUUUCACAAAAACCAUAAAAACACCUACCUUUCCUUUUAUUUCACAAUGUCUCUAGACAAAGUUUUUGCUCAUCAGAUUGUUCAGUGAGACUUAACUCUUGGGAGGUGACAGACACCUACUUUAGGAUACAGCUUAUGUCCUCUUUAUAUCAUCCCUCUGGUUUAAGCUUGGCAUCCACACAUGAGAUUGUAGAUGGGAGGUGAGAAUAUAACCUAGAACCACAUGCACACAUUACAUUUUAUGGAUUAAAAAAUUGAUAGAGAAUAACCAACAUGUAUAUAGUGCUUACUAUGUGCUGAGUCCUGUGCUAAGGGCUUUACCAUUCCUAUCUCAUUCAAUCUUCACAAUGACCCUGGGAGGUAGAUGGUAUUAUUAUCCCCAUUUUGCAGAUGAGAAAACUAAGGCAAACUGGCUAAGUGACUUGAGCAAGGUCACAUAACUAGUAAGUAUUUGAGGCCACAUUGAACACAGGCCUUCCUGACUCCAGGCUCAGCCUUUUAUCUGCUAUCCCCUUGAGGCACCCAGCUGUCUUCAUAGCUGACUUCUGAACAGCAGCAAACAUCCUUACACUGAGCCCACUUAGAAUCCCAGAACCAUAGCCAUGUCCUUUUUUUUUUUUAAGGUAAUUUAUCUGCCUUCUCUGAGCUUCAAUUUCCUUCUCUAUAAAAUAGUAAUAACAUUUGAAUUCCUAGAGUUGCUAUUUAUGUAUGUGUUUAUAUUUAAUUUCUCUUGAGUUUGGAGUUUUCUUUCUUUUUUUUUUUACAGAACUCGUGGUUCCAUGAGUUCAGGAAAAGACUGAUGAGGAAAGGCCUGUUCUCAAAUGCAGAUCUUUACCUGCUUUAUAAUUCAUAACCUAAGAAAUUUUCCAGGGGCACUGAGAGAAUAAGUAACUUGUCAGGAUCACACAAGAAGUUAUGUGUCAGAGGCAGGGUAGAAUCUCCCUGACUCUCUGGGCUCCUUCUCCUGGGUUAUAGCAUCUCCUCCCAAAUAUAGCACAGUGAUCUACAUGUAAAAAGUUCUUGCUACUUUUUUAACUGAAUUGAAGGGGGAAACAAUUCUGGGGUACAAUGAACAGCAGGGGACUACUGGUUUAGAAUUUAAAACUUCACUGAAAAUAUUUUCUUACUGUUCCCUUUGGAUUAUAAAUCAUCAAGUGAAUCCUUAGAAAAUUCCUUCAUUGAUGUUGCAUAAAUUUCCAACCUAGUCCAAAUGCCCAAAAGUAUACUAAAGAAAAGGCAGCCCAGAAAAAAAAAGCAUACAUGUCAGCAGUUUCUUUUGUGUAAAGGUUGAGGGGAGGGGAGAAACAUGAAUAGUUGGGAGGUACGUUUCCAAGAAAAUCAGGGGGAAACUUGAGAAAAUUCUUUUUUUGGGUUACAGAAGGCCUCUGUGUCUUUUGAAUGAAGAAAUGUUAAUGAUGGACUAGCAUAUUGUAAUAUGCUUCUCACUCUAUCCUUGAAAACGGGUGCCUGAUUACAAACAGUAGUGCUCUUAGGAUCUCACUCUCUUACUCCUAAAUCAGGGGAUCUUAACCUUUAUGUGUGCCCUAGAUCCCUUUGGCAAUCUGUUGAAGCCUAGGGACCUCUUUUCAGAAUAAUGUUUUAAAUGCAUGACAUAAACUACAAAAGAUUACAAAGGAAACCAAUUAGACUGAAAUAAAUUUAUCAAGAUACUUCACAAAACAAUUUAAUAGACUAAAAUUUCCUAGAAUAACUAGAACAGUAGAGAUAAUCACAAAUUUCUUAAAUCACAAGAUAGAAACUUGCCCAGUUUUGCCCCAAAAUAGUUAUAUUUCUUUUGUUGUAGAUUAUUCUGAAAAAUCUUGGGUACAGAAGUGAGCAGAAGUAAGUGAGUAGUUAGGAGAAUUUUGAACAUAGAUCAUCAUGAAGUUUUGAAGAAUGGGUAUGGGAGGGGUUUUUAAAUGAGCAUUUAACCUACAGCUCUUAUUCAUUACAAAUCAUAUUUACCAAAGCUAGAGCUUUUCUUUGUAUGAGAUUCAUAGAGCCCUAAAGGUAAAUUUGAGAUAUUUAGUAUGCCUUACGGUCUUCCUCCUGAGUUGGAAACUUUUUGUGAUUUCAAUCAAUAUAGUCCAAAGGGAUGGGGGGGGGGGUUGGUGAGGGGGGUAUACCACUUCUUCUCCAAGAUAUUCUCUACUGAAAGUUUAAACAUGAUAACUUCUUCUUUGAUGUGGCUAGAGAUACCUGCAAUUAUAUGGAGGAGGUUGAGUCUGAUUUUUUCUCCAGUUUAAAUGUGUUUUAGCUCUGUUGGGUGCCUGGUUUCACUGGACAGUUUCUCUCACCACCUUAGAUGAGAGUAUAAUCUGAAAGCCCUUGUCAAUCAGCAUGCUAUUUCAUUAAUAUUUUAUGAAUUCACUCAUUCAUUCAACAAAUAUUUAUUUAGCAUUUACUCUACACAUGGCACUGUGUUAAGUACAGUAGCCAGUACAGCAGUCUAUAAGGAACAAUCUUUAUCCUCAAGACACUUACAGUCUUAUAUAGUAGAAAAGAUCUCCAGUAACAACAAAUUCAGAGCAGUAUCUGAUUCAUUCCUUUUACUUUUAUACAAGUGAAGUUCUACAGGAUUCAGAGGACAGAGGGAGCACUUCUUGAUGAGAUGAUCAAGGAAGGCUUUGUGUAAAAAGGUAACAGUUGAUCUUUGUCUUGAGUUAUGGCAGAUUCCAAUAUGUGGAAGUCGGAAAGGAAGAGAGAAAAGGAAUUCUUGGAGAAGGAAAUAGCAUAACCAAAGGCAAAGAAGUAGGGAAAAGAAAAGUGCUUCUAAAAUAGUAAGUAGACUGAUGUGAGGAGAAAUUUGAGAUAGAGAGACUCUCAGUGGCCAGGCUUACGGUAUCAGUCCAGGUGUGAAAUGAUGAGCACCUCCACCAGGGUGGUGAAAGUAUUAAUAGAGAAAAGAGGUAUAUAGGAGAGUGUUAUGAAUAAGAAAUUGACAGUAAAUUGACAGUUAGUAAAUAACAAAUCAUAAAGAUAUUAAAGAUAUAUUCAAAAGCUGAUUCUAAUGAGCAAAGUGUUCAUGGACCAGACUUAUGGAUAUAUUUUUAUUUUUAUAUUUAUAUUAUGGAUAUAUGUUUAAUAUUUCACAUGAUUGAUUUCUGAAUCCUUAAAUUGGACUGGGUUAAAAUUUUGCUGAACUUAAAAGGUUUUGGCCAGGGUUCUGGGAAGAGAGAAGUUUUUUCACUAGAUUUGCAAAUUACUCUUCCUGGGCACCUAGUGGUACAAUUGUGUUACUACUCAUUUCUUUAUCUUUGUAAUUGGACACUAAUAUAAUGUUCAAACCUUUGCUGUUUCCUUUAUUUGAUGGACACCCCAAAAAAUCCCAAUGCUAAAAAGGUAUAAUAAAUGUUCAGUGGAACACUCACAAAAAGAAUAAAAAUUAAAAUAAAAUAAAAUAGUAAGUAGUUUAGUUUUGCUAGAUAACUAACUGAAAGGUAAAGUGAGAGCUUUGGUACAACUGAAAUGCUGCUCUGAGGACUCUAUACUUUCUUUGGUUGACAAUAGGAAACUAUUAAAAGUUUUCUAAAGAGAAGAGUCAAAAUGAUCAAGGAAGUGCUUUAAGACGAAUGAACAUCCAUGUGUAGGAUAGAUGUGAUGUAUGUUGAGAUGGAGGACCAUUUAGGAGGCUUUUGUAAUCUUUCAGAUAGGCAGCAAUAAGAACUUGAACUAGAACAAUGGCAGUGAGGAAGACAUGAGAGAAUCUUGAGUUGAAAGUGAAGAUCUUGGUGGUUAUCUAAUCCAACAUUCCACUCCAUGCAAGAAUCCCCUUUUCAAUAUCUUUUAAGAGGAAUUCAUCUGGCCUCUUUAAAAAUUAUUCAAACAGAUCUCAAUACCUCACAAAAUAGUUCAUUUCAUUUUGGGAUUGCUAGUUCUUAGAAUUUUCAUUUGUUUUGUUUCCCUAUAUCUACUGGUCCUAGAUCAGGUCUUCUGAGGUACACAGAAUCAAUCUAGACCUUCUCCAGAAUAGUCCACAUUUUAAAAGAUUUCUACCAUUGCUGCCCUUUCUCCUCCUCUUUCUCCUUCUACCUGCCUUUCUCUGAUUUUCUUCCCUUAAUCUCAGUAAUCCCAGUUCCUUCAGACUCCUAAUAUGAAAUGGUCCUGGUCAUUUCCCCUGGAUAUAUUCCAAUUUGUCAUUGUUUCUUUUAAAGGGUGGAGCCUGUAAUAAAGCUCAGAAUUCUAGAUGAGGUCCAGCCAGUACAGGAUACACUGAGAACUACUAGCCAUUCUCAUGGAAGAUUGGUGUAUAUUUGUAGGCAGAGCAAAAGAAGCCAGAGGAGAAGCAAUGAAAGAUUCCUCAGAAGGGAAUUACAAAUGAGGAGAAAUGGUGAGGGGAUGAGCAGCCUGGGAAGGUAUAAAAAGCAAAAGUGAAAAAGUUAGUCUUGGAAAGAGAAUGGAUACUUCUUCCUCUGCUCUUCUUUAUCUCAGAAGCCUUUCCUCAACCCUUCAGCCUCUUGAAGCUAUUGUUCCAGAGCAGCUGUGGGAAGGUAGCGAGGCUGACUUUAGUUCUUCUGGCAGUACCGGCAGCAUCUCGGCUCCUGAGGUCCAUAUGUCCUCCUCCACUGCUGGAAACAAGCGAGCUUCUUUUCCACGCAACCGUGGUCCCCAUGGACGGAAUAAUGGAUCUUCAUCUCACAAGUCUGGCAAUAGCCCACCUUCUCGGGAGAAAGACCUUCUGUCUAUGUUGUGCAGGAAUCAACAAAGCCCUGUUAAUGUCCACCCAAAUUAUGGACCUUCAUCCCCCAGUAGCAGUAACUCUGGCUCAUAUAAAGGAAGCGAUAGCAGCCCAAUCAUGAGGAGGCCUGGGAGGUAUAUGUCUUGUGGAGAAAAUCAUGGUGUAAAACCCCCAAACCCAGAGCAAUAUUUGACUCCUCUACAGCAGAAAGAGGUUACAGUGAGACACCUCAAAACCAAAUUGAAAGAAUCUGAGAGCCGACUGCAAGAGAGGGAAACAGAAAUUGCAGAACUGAAAUCUCAGUUAGCCCGUAUGCGAGAGGACUGGAUUGAAGAGGAAUGCCAUCGAGUAGAAGCCCAGCUGGCCUUAAAGGAAGCAAGAAAAGAGAUUAAACAGCUGAAGCAGGUCAUUGAGACCAUGAGAAGCAGCCUUGCUGAUAAAGACAAGGGAAUACAGAAGUAUUUUGUAGAUAUAAACAUCCAAAAUAAGAAAUUGGAAUCUUUACUUCAGAGCAUGGAGAUGGCCCAGAAUGGAUCCCUGAGAGAUGAGCAGUGUCUAGACUAUCUAUGUGAUUCCCCUGAGAAAAGUUUACCUCCCAAUACCGCCUACGGAAAAAUGGCAGAUGCACGGGCUUUGGAAGACCAAACCAUAGAGGAAGGAGCUGAAAGUGAGUUACUGGCCAUUGAAAAUGUGGAAAAUAGCACAGAUUUGUUUGAAGAGAUUAUGAUGGCCACCACCACAGAGGCUGGUGACCUCUCUCUCUUACAUUCCACAUCCAUUUCCUCACCAUUUAAAACGAAGGCUUUUGAAAUGGGCCCUGUUACUCAGGAGGAAGACAGCAUGGUGACAGAACAGGCCAUUCAGACUGAUGUGGUGCCGUACAGCCCUGAUGUAGAGCAGCUCAUUCAGAACAUGCUCAAGUUGCAAGACCCCCGACCCUCAAGCCCAUCAUCCCUGGAUGAGUCUGAGGCUGACCUGAUAGAGAGCUUCCCAGAGGCCACAUCUGCUUUAAUGGUGGAUCUCACACCAAGUGAUCCAAACUCCGCCAUUCUUUUGUCUCCUAUGGAGACGCCAUACAGCAAGAUGGAAGCUGAAAGUCACGACAACCGGGUCAUGAGGGAAUUGGAUUUUAUGGCCUUUCCUGAAGAAAGAUUUGGCAAUGUCAUUCAUCUCUCUCAGGCGGGAAUCGCAAAACAGUACUGGAGCAGCAGUUUCCUGGUGGAUCUUUUGGCCGUAGCAGCCCCCAUCAUCCCCACGGUCAUGUGGGCAUUCAGUACUCAAAGAGGCGGCAUUGAUCCGGUCUAUAAUAUCGGAGCAUUACUCCGAGGCUGUUGCCUGGUCGCCCUGCAUUCUCUCCGCCGCACCCCGUUCCACAUUCAAACCUAGAAGGUUGCCAUCCUCCUGUGCCAGUUUGUUUUGUGUGGUGUCGUGCCAGGUAGAAGAGCAGCGUCUCUUGUGAUGCUCUGUCCAAGAAUGUGUCUUAUCUAAUGACAGUCUGUCCUGUCGUUUUGCUUCUUGGUAUUUGAUUUGCACUAUAUAUAGUUGAAUGCCUAUUCACUGUUUAAAAGCCGGAGGUAUCUUCAAAAAGCAUGGAGACCUGACCUGGUUUAAGUCGAUGUCCCUUAACUGUGGUAUGGAAAGCAUGCUAAUGAUCCUGCGGUGUUGUCUGAGGUACCAGCUCUUAUACUAGUGGUUCAGAAAGAGGAGAAAUAAAUAAAAGGUUUGCACUUUCAAGGCAGCUGACAUAAGGCUGGCAUGUGUCUCCACGCUGUGCCCUGUGCCGUUUUAAAGUGUGUGAUUGUCCCAGCAUUUCAGUGGUCUUGUGCAUAGCAGGGGAUUGUAACCAAAAAUAAAAAUGCAUUCUUGUAACUGGUUUGGAGAAGUCUUAAUAGCUCUUUUAGUGUUUUACUUAGAUUUGAAAAGCUAUGAGUGUUGGACAAAGUUUAUAUUAAAUGUAGUUCCAGAGUCUUAAAUGAACUGUUUGUUCUUAAAGCUGUUAAUUAAUGAAGUUGUAUUCAAGUUUACCAUGUAUUAACUUAUUUUUUGCUUAUUAUAUAUAGUGUUUUAUUGGAAAUUAUGUUUGUAAUCACAAAUUAAAAGCAUGUUGCAAAUGCAAA